AUGGUUCCGGAAAUUAGAAGAGAUAAAUCAAAGAGAACCAAUGCCACGUUUUACUGGCAAGAAGACGGUAUACUGGUUUCAAACUAUAGUUACUACCGAAAACUGGAAGGAUGCCAUGCGAUGACAAGCCUGAUAUUGCACACGUGGUCACGUUAUUCAAAGGAAAAGUUCAAAGGUCAGAGCAAUUCGGAUCACAUAAUCCGUUGUGAUGAAAGGGAUAACAUCGCCGACAUUAAGUUCUUCUGCAUGGAAAAUCAGGCUGAAACAUAA